AUGGUGAUGGUGGUGAUGGUGGUGCUGGAGGGCUCCGUCCCGCAGCGCUGCCUGCUGAGCCGGGCCAAGAGGGGAGCCUCGACGGCGCCCGGGGAGAGCAGCAGCCACCCUUUGGCCGCCUACCCGAGGGAGCCAAGCCGGGCCCAGGAGGAGCCUCGGGAGCCUCGCCGCCGCCGCCGCCGCUCCCGGGCCUUGGAAGCGUCGUCGGGGGCUCCGUGGGCCGGGCGUCGGGGCUUCUCCCUGCUUGGUCCCCGCGGGCGAGGAGGAGGAGGAGGAGGAGGAGGCCCCGCUCCGGUGGAAGCGCUCUACUUCUCCGGCCGGAGGGAGGCGCUGAGGCUGCGCGCCGGGACCCUGGCCGAGCUGCCCCGCGGAGAGUUCACCCUGGAAGCCUGGCUCAAGGCCGAGGGCGGGCAGAGCAACCCGGCCCUCCUGGCAGGUGUGUUUGACAAUUGUUCCCACAUUGCCAGUGACAAGGGCUGGACCCUGGGAAUCACUUCACAGGAGAAGCCCGGGAGAAAGAAUGCCCGCUUCUUCUUCUCACUCCGGACAGACCGCAUCAAGAAGGCCUCCACUAUAUUGGCAUACCAUCGCUACCAGCUCAAUGCAUGGGUUCAUGUGGCUGCCACUUAUGAUGGGCAGCAGAUGUUGCUGUAUCUGAAUGGAGAGAGAGUGGGUCGUAGUACCCAGCAGAUGGGUGACCUUCACAGCCGCUUCAUGGCUUCUUGUCGCACCUUGAUUCUGGGUGGUGACAACUCAGGUGGGCAUAACUUCCGUGGCCACCUGGCAUUUUUAGCCCUUUGGAGUGUUGCUCUGCCCCAGGAGAAGCUUCAGAGGGCAUUCCUGAGAAAGGCUGAAGAGACAGAGGCUGCCUUGUUGCUCAGUGUGAGGUUCAGUCACUUGGAACAGCAAUGGGCACAUUUCAAAGAUGGGUCUUAUCCCCUGGUGGAGUCCUUCCACCCACCAGAACCCCCAAUUUUGUCACCAUUGACACCUCCACUUUGUGGGCAGACUGCCUGUGACAAUGUGGAACUGAUCUCCCAUUACAACAAUCACUGGCCAUUGCGGAAUGAGAAGGUAGUGCGCUACCGUGUUGUCAAUAUCUAUGAUGACGAUGGUCUCCACCCUACUGUCAGCCAGGAGCAGAUUGCCCACCAGCACCGGGUGCUAAGUGAGGCCUUUGGCCACUACAACAUCACUUGGCAACUGCACGUGCACAAAGUACGGAGUUCCUUGCUCCGCCACCGUGUGGUCCUGAUGAACUGUGAGCCCAGCAAGAUUGGCAAUGAGUUUUGUAACCCAGAAUGCAAGCAUCCUCUGACUGGUUAUGAUGGUGGAGAUUGCCGUCGACCGGGGCGCUGCUAUUCUUGGGAGCGCCGAGAUGGGGUUUGCAACAUGGAAUGCAACAAUAUGUUCCACAACUUUGAUGAUGGAGACUGUUGCAACCCCAGAGUAACCAAUGUAAGGAAGACUUGCUUUGAUCCAGAUUCUCCACAACGGGCAUACAUGAGUGUGAAAGAACUGAAGGAGGCACUGCAGCUGAACAGCACUCACUUCCUCAAUGUUUACUUUGCCAGCUCUGUGCAGGAGGAGCUCGCAGGUGCUGGCACCUGGCCUUGGGACAAAGAUGCCCUCAGCCACCUGGGUGGAGUGGUCCUCAAUCCAGCUUACUAUGGUGUGCCAGGUCACACAAAUACUAUGAUCCAUGAAGUAGGACACGUCCUGGGACUCUACCAUGUCUUUAAAGGAGUGGAUGAAAGGGACUCCUGUGAUGAUCCAUGUCAAGAGACAACACCAUCUAUGGAGACUGGAGACCUUUGUGCUGACACAACACCUACUCCUAAAAACAAACUCUGCCGGGAUCCAGAUCCCAACAAUGAUGCCUGUGGCCAAGCCCACUACUCUGGAACUCCCUUCAACAAUUACAUGAGCUACUCAGAUGACAACUGCACAGACAGUUUCACACCAAACCAAGUGGCUCGGAUGCAUUGCUAUCUGGAUUUGGUGUACCAACAGUGGACCCAGGGCAGAAAGCCCACCCCUAUUCCUAUGCCUCCCGUGAUCACUGGUCAGAGUCAGAAUACUCUCUCCAUACAUUGGUUGCCACCCAUUAGUGGGAUAGUUUAUGAAAGAGAAUCUGGGAAUCUUUGUGGAGAUUGUGAUGAAGAUGGGACAUUCAGCCAAUACGUAUAUGAGGCUUCCUCCCCUCUUAUCUGUGAUUCUUCUGGCUACUGGACUCCAAAGGAAGCAAUAGGGCCUCCAGAUGUGAGUCAGCCCUGUGAGACCAGUCUGCAGGCCUGGAGUCCUGAAUUCAAUCUGUUCAACAUGAGCAUGACCACUCCUUGCCUCCAGCCACUAGGAUGUAUUUUGGAGCUCCACUUUCUGUAUCCAGUGUACCCAGACUCUGUAAGGGUGUGGACCACUAACUUCUCUGUAGACUCCAAGGCUGUGUCAGAUAUUGAGAUCCUGACAGAGCAUGGGGAUUCUGUACACCUGGGUCCCAUGGACACAUUCUGUGACAUCCCCCUCACAGUCAAACUAAAUCUCAACAAGAAGGUAUCUGGCAUAAAGCUCUACACAUUUGAUGAGAAAAUGGAGAUAGAUGCUGCUCAACUGAUCUCUAAACCCCACAGUUUACUUUGUUCCAGCUGCAAACCUGUGAGAUACAGGGUUCUCCGGGAUCCCCCAUUUCUGGAUGGAUCCCCAGCAAUGGUGACACAACCAGGACGGAAGUUUGUUGACAAGGAAGUCACAGUAGGACAGCUGUAUCGUUAUCAGGUGCAAGCUGUGGCUGGAGCCACAGUAGGAGAAGCGUCCCCACCUCUGAUCCAUAUCCAUGGGUCUCCCUAUUGUGGGGAUGGCAGUGUAAACAUGGCUUUUGCAGAAGAAUGUGAUGAUGGAGACCUGAUAGAUGGGGAUGGUUGCUCUAGAACUUGUAAAAAAGAAAAAGGCUUCCAUUGUAUUGGUGAACCAAGUAUGUGCUAUGUCCAUGAUGGUGAUGGUAUUUGUGAGCCGUUUGAGAAAAGCAACAGCAUUGUGGAUUGUGGCCUCUAUACCCCCAAAGAGUACACAGAUCAGUGGGCAUCAGAGGCCUAUGCCUCCCACCAGGAUGAGAAGGCAUGCCCAGUUUCCUUGGUGACUGGAGAACCUCUUGUGAGGGUGUGCAGUCCUCAUCCACAGGACACUAUGGAGAAUCAGUCUCACAUGGCUUGGUUCCCUUGUGUGAACCAUGAUGUCCUUCAAGAUUCAGACAGAGAGAAAAUGUACUUGGAUGACAAAGUGUGGCUCAAAGUGUGCUUCAACAGACCCAGCAUGGCAGCCUCACUCUUUGUUUUCCUGGCAUCUGUCGGCACAUCCACAAGUGAUCAGCCCAAACCUACUGUGACAGUUCACUUGGUUGACAUCAGUGGGCACAGCCACUUUCUUGCGAUGUAUGAGCUGUCGUGUCAACAGAACCCACUGAUCAUCAACGUAACUGAAAACAUUGCUUUCCGCCAAAUCACCUCUGCCUUGUUCAACUUCUCUUCCAUCUCCGUGGGCAUCUCUGCAGUGGCUUUGCGGACACAUUUGCCAUUAGACUCUUCUAGUCCAAAUAACUGCCUCCCAGAACACGGAGGACAUGGCUGUCAGAGACUCAGCUGCACUCAACACACUUGUGGAGAGCAAGGUACCUGUGUGUUGCCCCAUGUUCAUCAUGGUUCUGUUGCCAACUGUACUCUAAAUCACCAGGGACACAUGGAAUGUUCCAUUUCUUGUGAAAAAGGAUUUGUCCUCCAUGAUAACCGUGGGCAAUUGCUGCUUCCAGGACAGAAAGAGAUCCUGUUGACCUGUAACUCUGGACAGUGGGACAGAUCUGUGACUUGUGACCCCAUCGACUGCCAGUUUCCAGAUCAAUCACUUGUCCUUUAUGCUGAGUUUUCUUGCCCCAAAGGGACUACUUACCUGAAGCAAUGUUUCUUCUCCUGCAUCAAGCCAGCAAAGCUUCAAGGAAUGAGUCAGUGGCUGACCUGCUUGGAUGAUGGAUUGUGGUCACUUCCAGAAGCUUACUGCAAGCUGGAGUGUGACACUCCACGCCUGGUUGCCAAUGCUAAGUUGCUGGUACCCCGAUGCCUGCAAGGGAAUCAUGAUGUGGGCUCUGUCUGCCGCUACGAAUGUAAACCUGGAUACUAUGUGGCAGAAACUGCAGAGGAAAAGCCCAGAAAGAAGUUGUUAAAUAUCCAGUGUCUUGAAAGUGGCUUCUGGGAGGAAGGCACCUGUGUUCCUGUGGUGUGUAAGCCACCUCCACCAGUCUUUGAGGGAAUGUACAGCUGCACCAAUGGCUUUGAGCUGGACAGCCAAUGUGUCAUCAGCUGCAGCCCACAGAGCAAGAAACUUCCUGUCCUAUGCACUAAGGAUGGUUUGUGGUCAGAGGAAUUUAAAUUGUGUGAAGAGCUGCAAGGUGAAUGCUCACCGCCCCAAGAGCUCAACUCAGUGGAGUACAAAUGUGAGCAAGGUUAUGGAAUUGGGGCUGUGUGCACCCCUUCCUGUCUGAUACUUCCAAGAGACCCUGUGAUGCUACCUGAAAAUGUCACUGCUGAUACCAUGGACCACAGAUUGAAGCCUACCAGAGUCCAGAGUAUCGUGUGCACUGGAAGAUUGGAGUGGCAUCCAGAUCCAAAAGCCAUUCAUUGCAUUGCUUCCUGUGAGCCUUUCCAGGCUGACGGCUGGUGUGACACCAUCAAUAACCGAGCCUAUUGUCAGUAUGAUGGUGGGGAUUGCUGCUCUUCCACAGUCUCCUCCAGGAAGGUGGUCCUUUUUCCUAAUGGCUGUGACCAGGAUGAAUGCACCUGUCGGGACCCAGAAGCAGAAGAGAACCAGUAACAAUACCAAUGGAGGCUUGUGUUGUCAAGGCCACAACUGUAGGGACCUACAAGGACUUGUGUAGGAGCAGGAACAGGGGAGCUUCAAGGGCUGUAAGAAAGGACUUCACUAGAAGCACAUUCAUAGAUGCUUCUGGAGGCAUCUGUGUACAAGGAAGAAGGAAAGCUGCAAAGGAAAGGGUGGAGAGAGGGAGAGGCAUGCAAGAAAAAAGUGAUCACCCUCAGACCCCCAGUUCAACAGAAUGGAGACACAAGCCACAACGGCCUAUUCCACAGCCUUGUCAGAAAUAUUGGCAAACUGGCUUAAGGUCAGGCCUCUGGGCUGCCUUCAUUGCAUUACUGUAUCAAUGGUUUCCUACCUACAACUGUUUUAUCUUUGCUCUGAAUGUUGUCAGUAAUCUCCCCUUCAGUGUCUAGGGUUUGAUUUAGCAAGGGAGAAGGGGAGAUAAAGUGAUCUGUCUGCAAAUAUUUAAGCAUAAUUUUAUGACAAAUCUAUAUUAUAUUUUUAUUUGCUGUUUAUUAAGCUGAACCAUGCUGCUGUGAAGUAAAAGUAUACUAGAAAAUAUGUGGGUUUGUAAUGAGAGAUAUUCCCAGAAAUUGAGAGAGUCCAAGAACUGGGGGUCUGAGCAGAAUUAAGAAUGUUCCAUCCUGCCCCAUCCUGGAUUUACAAUUUCAGGUCGCCAGUGGAAGUUUAAAUGUUGAAUGUCCCCAGAGUUCCCCUCCUACCCCAGACCUCCAUACAUGUGGAGAACAACCCCAAACCUCUAGCCUAGUCCUCUAUAUGCCAUUGUGCAUUUAUUCUGUUUUGCAGGGACUACCAUCCUGCAGUGAUACAGUCCAAAAAGCUUUACUACUUGAUUGUGCUCACAGUAUAUGCUGUCCACAAGGUAGGCACUUCUUCAAGUGAUGCUCACACACCCUCUGCCAGUCUCAAAAGGGAUAUUUACAAAGAUCAAAUGCUACAACAGAAGUUUGGUACAUCUAAAAAUUAAAAGCAGUGAGAUGACCCAUCUAUUCUCCAUUAAAGGACUAUAUAGCAGGUCUGUUCUACAUCAAAGGACCACACUUCAGCGCAUACUUAGAAUCACAGAAUUGUAGAGUUGGAAAGGGACUGCAAUGAUCAUUUAGUCCCCCUACCAUGCAGGAAUACACAA